AUGACUCCUUCCAAAAACAUCAACCAGGAGAAACCCAUUACCUACACGCCUAAACAUCCCAUUGUUCGGGACCUGAUUGAUUUUAUCAAUCGGCGGACCCCGAUUCGCAAUACCAAAGAAACGAGAGAGGGGCCUCUUCCUCUCAAGACGGAUAGAUUAUCCUUAUUCAACUUGGCCAUUGCACAGGCAGUUGAAGGGGGCGCACAGGAAAUGCAGGCUGAGGGCAUCUCGGAUCUGGAUGGCUAUCUCAAAUUUGUCGACCAUUUCGUUGAGUGGACUCCCACAGUCAGCUCCACGGGAGACGAAGUCCUGAGAAAGCUCCUUGUGUUCUACUGGCCAUUCAACCAGCAGGCACUCAGCGACCUUCAAACUCCAAUCGCGCCUCAAUUCACCAAUACCGAUUUGAGAUGGCUUUCCUACUGGCUUGUUGCUUUUGGGCGCCGAUUUGGCGAGUACAUGGCCACGCCUGAGUCGGUUGGAAACAUUUGGAGUUUCUACACCAGUCAGAAAUAUGGGCAAGGUCCUGGUGAUGAAGACAAAGGCACCAAGUACGACAAGGGAGAUCGCUACGCGCAGUGGAAAACCCCCGAAGGAGGUUGGAAAUCUUUCAAUGAGUGGUUUUCACGAGAAUGGGCCGAUAUCAACUACUCCCGCCCACUCGAUGGAGAGGGUAAUGAUAAAGUCAUUGUCCAGGGCGCGGAUUCGGUAUUCAACGGCCACUGGGACAUUGAGAACGGGACUGUCCAUAUCGACCCGGAUGAUGUGAACUCCGCCGAGGUGGCUGUUGAUAUCAAGGGUAUCACAUGGCCCAUCAGAGACUUGGUCCGAUCCAUUAGCGAAGAUACGCCGUAUCACAACGGUAGCUUCACGCACGCUUUCCUCGGCCCAACCGAUUACCACCGUCAGCAUGCUCCUGUGGAAGGAAAAGUCGUCGAGGCCAAGAAUAUCCAAGAACAAGUUUACCUUCAAGUCUCCCAAUCCACAACCAAGGAUGGCAAAACGACCAUCCACCCCGAGCGAGGUGUUGUCAUCAGUCCCCAGGAGCAAGAGCGACGGUCGAUCAACACUUCGAACCUUGAGAAGAAAACCAAUUCCGAAAGUCAAACGAAUCUUCUCGCGCUGUAUAGGAAGAACAAUUACCUCGAAAAAAAUCAGUCUGAGCAGCCUGCUGCUAACGGUCCGAAACCUGAGGCCGGUAUCACUGCACCCGACCAGGCUGGUUAUCAAUGGUGCCAGACUCGUGGCCUCGUUGUGAUCGACACCAGCUACGAUAGCCAAGGCAAAAAAAAAUCCACUGACGAUGGCUUGGUUGCUGUUUUGCCCAUUGGAAUGGCUCAGGUCUCUUCGGUCAUUCUCACUGUGAAAGAAGGACAGUUUUUGGAGAAGGGACAAAACAUUUCCUACUUCCAGUUCGGCGGCUCUGAUAUCGUGACGGUCUUCCAGAAACGACCUACCUACCGGACUGAUCUCCAAGCUGGCAAGACCAAGUUGCACAUCCGAGAAAAUGUCGCUGAGUGGAAGUAA